AUGGCUGCAAAGUCGAAUUCUAAGCCAGAGGAUGCCCUUCAGUUCUUGGACGACUUGGAUUCGCUCCCUGCUGCCCCGCCGCCCGCGGGGGGCAAGACUGGUUCCGCGGAGCCUGCAAACGAGGGCGAUGCAGCCGAGGUGCUUGCUUUCCUAGACGAGAUCACGCAGAAAAGUGCAGAACCCGUACGGACUACGUCUCAUAUUGAGCGCCCCGCAUCUCGAGCUAGCAAUCUCGAGCGCCCCAUUUCCCGAGCCGGAACGCCUACCUUGCGGAAGAGUACUGAGAGAGUCAAAGUUGGCGCUCCCUCAUCACACCUUGCGCCUGCUGCGACAAAGGGCAACCCCUCAGGUCCUUCCGAAACAUCGGCUCCCAAAGGAGAGACGCAGCAAACAGCCCAAGCUGGGGCUGCUUCUGGAAGUCGCUGGGGUUGGGGCAGCGUAUGGUCUAGCGCAUCUGCGGCCAUACAGCAAGCGAAGUCCGUGGUGGACGAGCAAGUUAAACAUAUUCCUCUUGACCAGACUCAGGCUCGCAAAUGGAGCGAAGGUAUGAUAGAGUAUGCCAAGUCCGCCCAGCUCGAUAAGAUCGGCCAAGACUUCAAGCGAGUUGGAUUAUCGACAUUGAACGAUAUCUUGAAUGUCGUCGCUCCCCCAAUAUCAGAACAUGAGGUCAUUCAAGUAUGGUUAAGCCAUGAUAUGGUUGGGUAUGACGGAAUUGAGUCCCUAGUAUAUCGUGCCUUGACUAGGAUAAUGGACCAGGUCGAAGGCGGAGAUCUCAUUGUCAACCGAGGUGACGAAUCGAGGCCCAAAGACAAUGCGGACACGAAGAGGGACCUCAGUGCAGUAGAGGGUCUCGAAGCUGCUACGAAGCUAGCUCAGGCGAAUCUGGAAGAACUAGUGAAGCGUAACAGCGCGAAACCUCCUGCGCAAUCUUCUUCCAUCGAAUACCCCAGAACGUAUUCCACUGUUUACAUCAGAAUCCAGCCUUUCAUAACAACGUUCCAGCUGCCGUCUUCUGCGACUGAGGAAGCUUCUGAACCACAGUUGCAGUUCCUCUUACACUUCACAGAUCCUAGCCACCAGUUGAUCCAUACCACGGUGACGCAGAUUGUCCCUGCAAAGUGGUUAGAGUUAUGGGACCAAUACGAUUGGGUGGAGGAUACGGUUGCGGAGAUUCUGAGGGUGGGGGUGGAGGUCAUUGGACAGGAAUAUGUCAUUGCGAGGAUGGGCUGGGGUAACAAAGAAAUUGAAAUGCCGGCUGAAGAGGUACCCCAGAAAGAGCCAUGA